UUAUGGUGUUGAUACUGUUGAGGAGUACUGUAUGGUGGAGACUCCCUUAGAGACUCUUUAUGGUGUUGGUACUGUUGAGGAGUACUGUAUGGUGGAGCCUCCCUUAGAGACUCUUUAUGGUGUUGGUACUGUUGAGGAGUACUGUAUGGUGGAGACUCCCUUAGAGACUCUUUAUGGUGUUGGUACUGUUGAGGAGUACUGUAUGGUGGAGACUCCCUUAGAGACUCUUUAUGGUGUUGGUACUGUUGAGGAGUACUGUAUGGUGGAGACUCCCUUAGAGACUCUUUAUGGUGUUGGUACUGUUGAGGAGUACUGUAUGGUGGAGCCUCCCUUAGAGACUCUUUAUGGUGUUGGUACUGUUGAGGAGUACUGUAUGGUGGAGACUCCCUUAGAGACUCUUUAUGGUGUUGGUACUGUUGAGGAGUACUGUAUGGUGGAGACUCCCUUAGAGACUCUUUAUGGUGUUGGUACUGUUGAGGAGUACUGUAUGGUGGAGACUCCCUCAGAGACUCUUUAUGGUGUUGGUACUGUUGAGGAGUACUGUAUGGUGGAGACUCCCUUAGAGACUCUUUAUGGUGUUGGUACUGUUGAGGAGUACUGUAUGGUGGAGACUCCCUCAGAGACUCUUUAUGGUGUUGGUACUGUUGAGGAGUACUGUAUGGUGGAGACUCCCUUAGAGGCUCUUUAUGGUGUUGGUACUGUUGAGGAGUACUGUAUGGUGGAGACUCCCUCAGAGACUCUUUAUGGUGUUGGUACUGUUGAGGAGUACUGUAUGGUGGAGACUCCCUCAGAGACUCUUUAUGGUGUUGGUACAAACUUUUGGAGCUCAAGAGCCUCUGAUUACACAACACUUGUUAUGAAGCAGGUGAGGUGAUUAUUGUAUUGUAUAAUCAGUAAACGUUGAAUAAUUGUGUGAAUAUCUGAUGAUUAUUAAAUAUAUUGGAACACCUUGGCCACGCCUGAAUGUUUGCCGGCUUAUAUGGUAUUGGAACACCUUGGCCACGCCUGAAUGUUUGCCGGCUUAUAUGGUAUUGGAACACCUUGGCCACGCCUGAAUGUUUGCCGGCUUACAAGGCAUUGGAACACCUUGGCCACGCCUGAAUGUUUGCCGGCUUAUAUGGUACUGGAACACCUUGGCCACGCCUGAAUGUUUGCCGGCUUAUAAGGUAUUGGAACACCUUGGCCACGCCUGAAUGUUUGCCGGCUUAUAAGGUACUGAAACACCUUGGCCACGCCUGAAUGUUUGCCGGUUUAUAAGGUACUGGAACACCUACAGAUGUUUGUUGCUGAUAAUAUAAAGUUUGUGCAGUGAUCCAUCCAGUGUAUUACUGAGCCUCUUAUAUUUACUGCAGUUAAUCACCAGUACUCUACAGUAAAGAGGAAUUCACAGUUUUAUAUAUUUUUGGGGGGUUUAAGUCAGAUUUUGUGUUAACAAUAGGAAGGUUGCAGUGAACAUCCUGCAUGCUACUAACCUAACCUAACCUUACCCCCCCAGAGUACAGGACUGGCGUGACUGAUGGCUCACUCAACACACCACUAAUGCUCCACCAACCCUGCCUCACCUGGGAUUGAACCUGUCUCUCAUGGAUUGGAAGUCCAAUACACUUCCAUAUGAAUCUACUAUAUAGUGUGUGUGUAAUUAAAGUACACCAAUUCCCCCAUUAAAGUUGUUUCGGUCAACGUCGUUUCGUUAUAACGUCUUUGAAAAAAAUUAUGUAUGAA